AUGGCAGCUGCUUCCUCCUCCCUCCACCCCGGCCGCGCUCUCGCCCUCUCCUCCCCAUCCCUAAACCCCUGUAAGCUCUCCCCACAUCAUACGCACCUUCGCGUCCCUGUCCCAUUAUCUUCGAAGCCUCGUCUGCCGUUCGAUUACAACAAUCGGAGUUUGGGGCUGAUGUUGAAUGCCUCGGUGACGCCUGCUGCUGUCGUGGCUGAUCAGACCGCCUCUCCUUCCUCCCCCCCUGCAGUUCCUACAAUUGUGGAUGUCGAUUUGGGCAAUCGGAGCUACCCGAUCUACAUAGGUUCGGGUCUUCUCGGCCAGCCUGAGCUGCUGCAGAGGCAUGUCCAUGGGAAGCAAGUUCUUGUGGUCACUAACUCCACGGUAGCUCCUUUGUAUCUCGAUAAAACAAUUUGGGCCUUAACAAAUGGAAAUCCCAACAUUAAAGUCGAGAGCGUGAUUCUGCCUGAUGGAGAGCAAUUUAAAAACAUGGAAACACUAAUGGAAGUAUUUGAUAAAGCAAUCGAGUCACGUAUGGACAGGCGGUGUACAUUUGUUGCCCUUGGUGGAGGAGUCAUUGGCGACAUGUGUGGAUAUGCCGCAGCUUCAUAUUUACGAGGAGUGAACUUUAUUCAGAUCCCCACUACUGUUAUGGCACAGGUAGAUUCUUCGGUCGGGGGUAAAACUGGUAUAAACCACCGGCUCGGGAAAAAUUUAAUUGGUGCAUUCUACCAACCACAGUGUGUGCUCAUUGACACUGACACGUUGAACACAUUGCCUGAUCGCGAAUUGGCUUCAGGGCUUGCGGAGGUCAUCAAGUAUGGAUUGAUAAGAGAUGCCGAUUUUUUCGAGUGGCAAGAAAAGAAUAUGCACGCACUUCUGGCAAGGGACCCAAACUCAUUUGCUUAUGCUAUACAGCGCUCGUGUGAAAAUAAAGCUGAUGUUGUGUCUUUAGAUGAGAAGGAGAGUGGGCUGAGAGCAACAUUAAACUUGGGCCACACGUUCGGUCAUGCAAUUGAGACUGGUUUUGGGUAUGGGCAAUGGCUUCAUGGGGAGGCCGUGGCUGCUGGCACAGUAAUGGCAGUUGACAUGUCUUACCGGCUUGGCUGGAUAGAUGAGUCGUUAGUAAAACGGGUGCAUAUGAUCCUGCAACAGGCCAAAUUACCUACAACACCACCAGACACCAUGACCGUCGACAUGUUUAAGUCUGUUAUGGCGGUGGAUAAAAAGGUAGCCGAUGGCCUGCUAAGGCUCAUCCUGCUGAAAGGUGCGCUCGGCAAUUGCGUCUUCACAGGUGAUUAUGAUAGACAGGCCCUUGAUGACACACUCAAUGCAUUUUGCAAGUCUUGA